CAUAUGCAGUGUCCGGUCCUGCGGGUCCAGCGCCCCGUUACGUUGCUGCAUGCCCAAUGUAAUGUGCAUGUACGACCGCUUCCAAUAGCCUACACCGUGCAACAUUCAGGCUAUGUGAAAAUGUAAGCCCCCGUCCCUUAGUGUUGUGCAUGAACACGCUAGCUCUAAACCCGCCAUCGCCAACCCAGAAAAUGAGUGAGAAGAGCCCGAAUUACGAGACUUAUUCUCAGUUUGGUGAAGAGCAGGAUUCUCCGACCAUUCCACACAUCAGUUCCUUUGCCAAGAGAAAUAAUCGACUUUCAACAUCGCCAGACUCGGAGGAGUGUUCCCAGUCGACAGGAUUUUACAGGGAGCUUACACUGCCAGUGGAAGAAAUGGAUCCAAACGGCUCGGUGUCAAACACCAAUCAGACCACAACCUCUCCUAUCACUAUGCAGUCGCAGUCAGCGCAACAACAGCAGCAACAACAACACCACCAGCAGCAGCAGCAGCAGCAACAACAACAGCAACAACAACAACAACAACAACAACAACAACAACAACAACAACAGCAGCAACAACAACAACAACAACAACAACAUGAGCAACAGCAACCAGGAACCCAGCAGCAAUACGCCAAAGCAGUAGCUGCAGCAGUUGCAGCUGCUUACCAAGCCCAGGCCCAGGCCCAGGAGAUGGGGCGCAUAGCGGAGGCGAACAUGGCACCGGCCGGUGCCGCCCCAUCCGUGCCGAUAAUAACCUCUGUGUCAGGCGGCGCCGUCCAUCCACACCCACCCGCCUCGAUGAACAUGUCUUCCCUACCACCCUUGCUGCCCAUGCAAGUCACCCACUCGUCCCUGCUUGGUCAAGCAUUGCAGGCGGCUAAUGACAUGGGCGGCCUGUCGGCGUUGCAGCUCGCUGUCCAACACCAACAGCAGUUGCAACAGCAGCAGCAGCAACUGCUGCAUGCCGUACAAGCUGCGCAUGCGCAGAACACCGGACAGAAGAUGAUGUCGCCUCCUCCGUCUGACGCCUCCCCGACUGAUGACGGUGAGUCUAGAGACGAAGACAAGUCAGUUCUAGUCAACCUGAUGCCUCCUUCAAGCAUGGGAACCCCGGUCUCGAUUGGACACGGUGAUCCAUCCACUAUGCAUACCCUGACACCCACCUCUCAACUACAAACGCCAAACUCUAGCCACUUAUUGACGACAUCGGCUUCCUCACCCGAGAACGUCUACAGCAUGCCGGCUGGUGCUGCCUCGGCCACCUUACCGUCCAUAAACAUGUCAGCUGGAAUGAUGCCCAACAAUCAGGCUUCCAAUCUGAACAUGAGUCUCGCGCCGCACUUCAUCCAGCUGAACAGCCCCCAGGGAACCUCCAUGCCGGUACCGCAGAUGGUAAUCCAAUCCCCGGGACCUAACGGCCAACAAGAGAUGGUGUCGCCGGAGCAUCAGAUGAUGGUACAGGGUGUCUCACCACCAGGUAUCACCGAUAACAACAACAUCGAUAUGAUGAGCAAUAUGCCAACUCAGUGUGCAGCUUCGACCUCUAAGAGACGGAACUCCAAAAAGCCUGUCGCGGAAAACGACAAAGACGAUAAAUACUUUGAGCGCCGGACCCGUAACAACAUGGCGGCCAAAAGAUCGCGAGAUUCUCGCAAGCGACGAGAAGACCAGGUGUCCAUGCGCGCCAACUUUCUCCAGAAGGAGAAUGACAUCUUGCGCGCCCAGCUGGCUACAUUGAGACAAGAGGCUAACUCUCUCAAGCAGCUCUUGACCCAGCAACGACCAAUCAUGCCUGCCCAAAUUCCCAUGCAAAUGCCUAUCACCCAAAUGAUGCCUAAAAAUAACAUGCCUCAGUGAUUACAUCAUGAACCAUUUUUGAGAGUUUAUUCACUUGUUUUUGUUUUGUCUGGUAAAUGUUUUGUGGGGUUUGGGUUUGUUCAGUUUCAUGUCUGUUUUGAAUCAAUGUAUGAGCCAAACAGAAAUGAACAAAUAGAAAAGUGUUUAAUAAUGAUAAACAGGGUACCUGCAAAAACAUGGUUUUGCAUUUAAUACGUAACUAUAAGAAAAAUUGAGUUAUUUUAUUCAGCACAUUGGUAUUUCCUUUAUUUGAAAAACGUUUUCUUUGAAUAAGAAAUGAAGGUUUUAGCUAAAGAUAAGAUCUGUGUGAAUGCGAUAUAAUAAUAAUUUAAUUGUUUACUGUUCUAAAACCGCGCUAGUUCAUAUUCAAUUAGUGAUCAAAAUUGUGUCAUUUGAUAUUUUUCAUUAGAAAAGAAAUAUUGCCCCCAAUUCCAAAUGAAAAAUUGGAAUGGGAGAAUUUAAUUUUUGUUCGUAACUCCAACGUAUACAUGUACAUGUUUAUGUUCUGUUUGUACAAUGAUUUAUGAAACAGAGGAGAAAAAGAAAGAAAUAUAAUGACACCUCUGAAGCUUUGUAUGUAAAUAUAUCUAUAAAUAUAGCAGAUGUUUUGAUCCAAAGAAUUAAUCACGAUGCAAAUACAAGCUGUAAUUAUGAGGAUUUUGAAGAAAGUGAAUCAAUGUCCUUGAACAAUUUUUUUUGAGUUUAUACUAUUUGUGUCGAAGUAAACCAGAACGUCAUUUUUUAAGUCUUAUAAUUGUUUGUUUUUUCUCCCGAACAAACGCAGCUGUAUACAAUAUUUGGCAUCGAAGUUUUUUUUUAUGUGAUCAUUAAAUUUCACAGGAAACCGAUCUUGCAUUUUCAUUACAAGAAUGAAAAAUAAAACAGCCAGGACAUAUAACUCCGUUAA